CAGCAUGCGAACUUAGUCAUUCUCUUGCAUACGUUGCUGUAUCAACUUUAUUUAAUAACAAGUCUUGUAUACAUAAAAAUAUAUAAAUAUUCAUUUAAAUAUUUAACGAAAUUUCUUUGCAACUUCUGAGAUCACUUUCAUUCGUGUUUGCAACCUGUUUCACCAGAAAUGGAUAUCAAGGUCAUCUUGUGUGUUGUUUUAGUCUGUAUGAGUAUGAGUGAUGUCAAUGGAAGACGUGUCAGGCGAUCAUGGGAUGAUGGUGAACUGCAAAUGUCUUUGGUGGAUCAUACUGACGACAACAUUAUGUUAUCAAGGAUAUGGAAACGGGCGGCACCUCGGGAUUAUAAAAAAACUAUGAAAUCUAAUGAAGCUAUUCCCGAUUAUGAUGAUCCGGAUCCAGAUGAUAAUAGUAAUCUUGAUACUGGUCCUCCAGCUGCUUCUAAACCACCUGCACCCAAAGCACCAAGUAAAAAAGCACCUCAAACUAAACCUAGACGACCACCUCCAGGUGGUCAGAAUAGAAAUAAUCGUAAACCUACGACUGAAAAACCGAUUAUAUGGAUAUCUACAACAGAUCCUAAUUCUGUGACUGAUGAUCCUGAAUUAGAAAAAAUGCCUGAAAUUGACGUUUCUUCGGAAUCUGCAUUUACUCUUCCUCCUGUACCUGAAGACAAACCAGAAACAGCUAAAAAACCUUCGAAACCUCAAAGAAAUAAAAAGCCAAGUAACUCCGAUGAAAAUGAAGAUUCAGAAACUCUAAAUGAAGACGAAAAUCCUAAUAAUAGUGAAAAUCCAGAAGAUGAGUCAAAUAAACCUGGAGAUAGAAAAAAUCCCAAUGACAAAGAACAGCCUGAAGAUAAAGAUAACAAUAAAUCGGAGGAGCCUACCGAAGAACGAGGGGAAAAUAAAGAUGAACCAAGGAAACAACGAGAUGAUGAUAAUGAUGGAAAAGAGUCCGACAAUGAUGAAGAGAAUCCUGAUGAAUCUGAGUCUGUGAAACCAUCACCUACUCCGAAAACGUCUGAGAAAUCAACGCCUAACAAAAGACCACAAUCAAAAACUCCUUCAAAAUCUCCGACAUCCUCUAAUAAUAUUGAAGGACCUCGUAAACCAGCUCCACCUCGUCAAAAACAGUCAACAACAACCACCGAGAGUCCUGAAGAAGAUGAGCUAGAUGAAGAACCAGAAAAACCAAUACACGAAGACCCAGAUUAUGAUGAAAAUACACCUGCACCAACUCCAGCUCCCAAACCAAUAAGGAAACCUCGUAAAUCAAUACCACCUAGUCGAAAACCGACGACUACAACCACAGUAGGUCCUGAGGAAGAAGAACCAGCAGACGAGGAGCCAGACUAUGAUGAAAAUACACCUGCACCAACGCCUAAACCAACUAAAAAACCUCGACGACCUGUUCGUCCUCGUCGAAAACCAUCGACCACGACAACUGAGAGUCCUGAAGAAGAAGAGUUGGAUGAAGAGCCUGAAGAACCUAAUGAUGAAGACCCUGACUAUGAUGAAAAUACACCUGCACCAACGCCUAAACCAACUAAAAAACCUCGACGACCUGUUCGUCCUCGUCGAAAACCAUCGACCACGACAACUGAGAGUCCUGAAGAAGAAGAGUUGGAUGAAGAGCCUGAAGAACCUAAUGAUGAAGACCCUGACUAUGAUGAUAAUACACCUGCACCAACGCUUAAACCAACUAAAAAACCUCGACGACCUGUUCGUCCUCGUCAAAAACCAUCGACCACGACAACUGAGAGUCCUGAAGAAGAAGAGUUGGAUGAAGAGCCUGAAGAACCUAAUGAUGAAGACCCUGACUAUGAUGAAAGUACACCUGCACCAACGCCUAAACCAACUAAAAAACCUCGACGACCUGUUCGUCCUCGUCGAAAACCAUCGACCACGACAACUGAGAGUCCUGAAGAAGAAGAGUUGGAUGAAGAGCCUGAAGAACCUAAUGAUGAAGACCCUGACUAUGAUGAAAAUACACCUGCACCAACGCCUAAACCAACUAAAAAACCUCGACGACCUGUUCGUCCUCGUCAAAAACCAUCGACCACGACAACUGAGAGUCCUGAAGAAGAAGAGUUGGAUGAAGAGCCUGAAGAACCUAAUGAUGAAGACCCUGACUAUGAUGAAAGUACACCUGCACCAACGCCUAAACCAACUAAAAAACCUCGACGACCUGUUCGUCCUCGUCGAAAACCAUCGACCACGACAACUGAAAGUCCUGAAGAAGAAGAGUUGGAUGAAGAGCCUGAAGAACCUAAUGAUGAAGACCCUGACUAUGAUGAUAAUACACCUGCACCAACGCCUAAACCAACUAAAAAACCUCGACGACCUGUUCGUCCUCGUCGAAAACCAUCGACCACGACAACUGAGAGUCCUGAAGAAGAAGAGUUGGAUGAAGAGCCUGAAGAACCUAAUGAUGAAGACCCUGACUAUGAUGAAAAUACACCUGCACCAACGCCUAAACCAACUAAAAAACCUCGUAGACCAUCGUCUCGACCAAAAACAACUAUAACCACUGAGAGACCUGAAGAAGAUCCAGAAGAGCCUGUAAAUCAGGAACCAGAGUAUAAUAAUGGUCCAGUACCCUCUACUACUCCCUCAAAACCAUCAAAAACAGGACUAAAUGAUACAAAACGUCGACCAACUAAGCGUCCAUCUCCAACUCCAAAGACUCCUGAAAAAAAUGAAGAAGAAGAUAAUCAAGAUCCGUCAGAAGAUCCUGACUCAGAUCCACUACCAGAUUUCUCACCGAGAUUUGCCGAUACAGAACCAGAAGAUGAUUCAAAACAACUCGUAAAUAAUCCAAUGAAUCCGUCAAUAAGUUCAAAGAAUUUUCCGAAUAAUCCUUUAAAGUAUCCAAGUUCUAAUAUGGGACCAGGAAGUGGUUUCGGUGAUUUUUCCGGAUUUCCACCAGGUUUUGGUUUCGGUUCUGCAUCUAGUAUUGCUUCAGCGAAUGCUGGUGCAUCAGCUACUUCGAGUGCAACGGCAACUGCCAAUGCAAACGCGAAUGCAAAUGCUCUCUCUGGAUCUGUUUGGCCUUGGCCAAAUCUUCCACUAUCUUUUCCUAAUACGCCUAACUUUGAAUUUCCCAACUUCAGUAAUUCUGGAUUUGACCCUAACAGCGUCUUAGUACCUAAUUCUCCAUCAGAUCCAAGUUUAAAAACUGACAAACCUUCUGAUUCAAGCUCUCCUUCUUUUCAAUCUAAUCCUUCAGGUUACACACCAAUAAUCAGUAUUUCUGGUAAUUUCGAUAUGGAUGAUUCACCUUCCUCUAAGGUUUCUCGAUCUGAUUCUGAUUCUAAAUCUAUGUCUGGUAACUUUGGUAGCUCUACUUCUUUCAAUUUGAAUCCAUCGAAUAAUAAUCCUUCAUACGGUCAAGUACCAAUCAAUUCAAACUCCGGCAAUCCGGUAGGAGCCGGAAGUUACGCCAGUGCAAGUGCUAGCAGUUCCGCAAAUGCUGGAGCAGGAGGGUCCAGUUUUCCACAAUUCCCAUGGCCAUCAUUUAUGGGAAGGUUCGGCGCAAAUAAUGAAUUAAAUGGAUUUCCGAGAGAUUUCGGAUUUGGGCCAGGUUUUCCUAACUGGGUUCAAGAUCCUUCAUUGAAUCAACCUGAGAUUAAAGGUUCCUGGGCGAGAGCUUCUGCCUCAAUGACAGACAAUUAUGGUAAAGUAGAUCCUUCCGCAUUAACCUAUAGUCGCACUCAAGUUGGCAGUACUAGAAUCUCCGACAAUUAUGGCAAUCAGCCAAAUAACCCGGCAUACUAUGGAAAUCCGUAUAGUGCUGGAGGUGCAGGACCUGGGGUAGGACCAGGCGUAGGAUCAGGUUCAUCAUGGGCUUGGGGCUCUUCAAAUGCUGGUCCCCAAGGAAGUCACCAAGCUGGUGCUUUUGGACCGGCUAAUCCCAAUAUCCAAUCACGUUUUGCUGAGGAUCUUCCAGCGAGUGGAGGUGGUGGUUCUUACGCAACCUUCUCUCAAUCAAGCUCCAGUUCUCAAAUUGGACCAGAUGGCAAAGUUAUCAGUCACAAAACAGUUACUACUGGUGUUAAUGAUAAUGGCAAAGUUUCUGUCAAGACCAUCCAUGAUCCUUAGAUUUUCAUUUUUCUAAUUUUCAAAAUUUUUUGUUCUUGAACAUUUUAAAACUAUGUAUUCAUUAAGAAUGUUUAUCAACUCUAUUAGUCAAUGUGUUAUUAUAUAAUUAGCGUUAUUCUUUGAACAAUAAUUUUUGAAAAAUUUUAAUUUCGAUGAAUACAAAUUAUUUUACAUCACCAUUGGGAUUCAUAGAUUUUAUCUGCAAAAUUGAAAGAUUGUAAAUUAAUUUUUCAAGUUGAUUUUUCUCUUCUUUUAUGAGGUCAUUUAAUAAAAUAUUAUUUUAAAA